GUUUAAAACGCUUUGGACCAGACCGGAGAGACAGCACCGAGACCCGGUCCGGCACAGUCAUGACUGGAGCGCCGCUCUUCAGGAGAUUCGGUCCAGCCCGGUAAAAGACUGCAGAGGACUCGGAUGACAGCGCAGGCCCGAACCGGCCGGACUUUUAUUUCCGUGCACUGAAGCAGGACCGUGCACGCAUGAGCAACAGACCACCUUGACAAGGUCGAGCCCACCCCCCAUGAGAGUGGAGUGACCCCCGCCCUCGCAAAGUGUUCCCGCAAGGCUUUUUCCACAAAGAGGGACCGUUCGGCGCAGCAGGCGCGGCGGCCCCGCCCCCCCCCCCAGACUGAGGCGAUGGGCAGCCUGCGUGGCGGCCGCUACAGCGCAGUGUCAUCAGAGGCCAACAUGGUGGUCCCCAGCAAGGCGGUCGCGGGCAUGGCGGCGGCCAACGGCAAAGUGCACACGCGGCCGGCGUGGGCCAGCAGGUUCGUGAAGAAAGACGGCCAUUGCAACGUGCGCUUCGUCAACGUGGGCGAGAAAGGCCAGCGCUACCUGGCCGACAUCUUCACCACGUGUGUGGACAUCCGCUGGCGCUGGAUGCUGCUGCUCUUCUGCUUGGCCUUCCUGCUCUCCUGGCUCUUCUUCGGCUGCAUCUUCUGGCUGGUGGCCAUCUUCCACGGCGACCUGGAGGGCCACGCCCACAAGUGCGUCUCCAACGUCAGCAGCUUCACCGCCGCCUUCCUGUUCUCCGUGGAGACGCAGACCACCAUCGGCUAUGGCUACCGCUAUGUGACGGACGAGUGCCCCGUGGCCGUCUUCGUGGUGGUCUUCCAGAGCAUCGUGGGCUGCGUCAUCGACGCCUUCAUCAUCGGCGCCGUCAUGGCCAAGAUGGCCAAGCCCAAGAAGCGCAACGAGACGCUACUGUUCAGCCACAACGCCACGGUGGCCAUGAGGGACAACAAGCUGUGCCUCAUGUGGCGGGUGGGCAACCUGCGGCGCAGCCACCUCGUGGAGGCACACGUUCGGGCGCAGCUCCUCAAGUCGCGCACGACGCCCGAGGGCGAGUACAUCCCGCUGGACCAGACCGACAUCGACGUGGGCUUCGACAGCGGCGUGGACCGCAUCUUCCUGGUGUCACCCAUCACCGUGGUGCACGUCAUCGAUGAGGACAGCCCCUUCUACGACAUGAGCGAGCAGGACCUGCGUAGCUCGGAGCUGGAGAUUGUGGUCAUCCUGGAGGGAAUGGUGGAGGCCACCGCCAUGACCACACAGUGCCGCAGCUCCUACGUGGCCGCCGAGAUCCUGUGGGGUCAUCGCUUCGAACCCGUGCUCUUCGAGGAGAAGAGCUACUACAAGGUGGACUACUCGCGCUUCCACGCCACUUACGAGGUGGCCGGCACGCCACGCUGCAGCGCUCGCGAGCUGGCCCGGAACAAAUACAUCCUGUCGGGCUCCGGGUCCUUCUGCUACGAGAACGAGAUGGCGCUGGAGAGCAAAGAGGACACGGACGAGGGCAACGGCGGCAGUGUCGGCCCCGACGGCACGCAGGCCGACAGCAUCUCCGAGACCGAACACGAGCAGACAGAACCGCUGAGGAGAGAAUCGCAAAUUUGACAUUUGGAACGGUACCGCCGUAUGGUCUGGACGUGGUAGGCGUUUUCCCGCGUCGCCAUCCACGAGACAGGAAGCGCGUCCGUCGUGUGAAUGGUACAAGCGGAGGACUCGAUGGUGAGCUGGUCUCAGAAAAGACCCAUCAGAACCUUUCACUGACAAUCUGAAUGUUCUAAAAGGUGCCAAAGAGUGUUACUGCUCAUGUUUAUUAGAUUUGGUACCGACGUGUACAAGUUCUAUCGGGUUUGUGUGUUUGUGUCUCUGCCAAGACCAGCCUGGGGCAAGGAGACCUCCGCCAAGGCAACACAUGCACGCCAGCUAGCAUCCUGCUCACCGGCUAACAAGGCGGAGGUAACAGGUUCUGUCACGAAGACGUGUAAAUACAUUUGCUUCACACUUUUCUAGAAGAAAAUAAAAAGUCA